AUGGACCCCCACCAAUCGUCAGACGCGCACCCUCGAGGCUCAACAUUGAUGGAGAUACUCCACUGGGAUAAGCUCUUUGAAUCGGAUGCGCCCCCCAGACUUGGAAUUGAAGUCGGAAGACGUCUGCCUUACACUGCCAUGUCGGCCUUUUCUGUUGGUAUGGUCAUCGGAUCAUCUCAUGGAAGUAAAAAGUCAGCAUAUCGCUUCCGUGCCGAAAACGCUCAUCGCUUUCCCACCACAUCGACCGGAUGGUUCCAAUACCACAAAACGAAGAACUACACGGCAAUUGUUGGGGGAGUCAAAGAAGGAAUGAAGAUGGGAUUAAAACUAGGCUUCGGUGCACUCGCUUUCUGUCUAUUUGAAGAAACAGUGGAUUAUGCCCGGCAUGACCGGAGAGACUUCUUGUCUACAGUGACAGCUGGGUUGUCAUUCUCUGGCAUCUAUAGUUUAUUAGCUCGUCACGAUGUUUACACUGCUGCUCGCACGACGAAACUUGGGCUGAAGCUGAGUCUGGUGUACGGAAUUAUGCAGGACGCGCUAGAAUCUUUGAAGGGCAAUCGACCAGCUUACGUUAAUUUCCUUCUGGGAAAUCGCCGGUCGAAGACGGAAUGA